AAGAAGUGUCACCCCCCUGAUAUUUUCCAUGCGCAUUUCAAAAUCAAACCACCAAUAAUUAUUAGGUAUAUCUAAAAAUAUCGAAAAUAUUUCAAUUUCCGUUUAUUCUUUUUAAACUGUACUCGUUAGACUAAUUAUGCUACGGUCUAUAAGAGAUCCCAUUAAAUCUAAAGGGAUAAUUGUACAAUAUGUGAUGUCAUAUAAUUAUUCUAAUACACCCAAGGCGGAGGAAACAGAAAAAGAAAAAAAAGAAUCACAAAGGAUGGCUGAAUUCAGAAAAAAAUUAAGGGAAACCACACCAAUUGAUGAUCUAGGUGAACAACCAUUGAUGCAUCCAUCGCAAAAGAGUGAUCCUUACCAACCAUUUCCAGAGAACACUAAUCCUGUUACAGGUGAAGUAGGUGGACCAAGAGGACCCGAACCUACAAGAUAUGGUGAUUGGGAACGAAAAGGAAGAGUGUCUGAUUUUUGAUAAACUAUUUUAUUAUAUAGAUAUCAUUUUGUAUUAUGUGGCCUUCGAGUUUGUCAACUCUUUGAUCUGUCUACUCCUUAUGGGAUAAAUAUGAUACUGUCCCAUAAUGAAGUAAUUUAAAAUGUCUAUAUUACAAAAGUAUGCCGCAUGAUAUAAAUUGAACCAUUAUUAGAUCUCAAUAAAAGUGCAAUAAAUA